GCACCCACUGGCCACCUUUUUCCACCUGUUUUUCCGAGUGAGUGCUAUUAUUACCUACUUGUUCUGUGACUGGUUCAGCAACAGCUUUGUUGCCUGUUUUGUCACUAUUCUCCUCCUUCUAUCCUUUGACUUUUGGUCAGUUAAGAACGUGACAGGAAGACUCUUGGUUGGUUUGCGUUGGUGGAACCAGAUUGAUGAAGAUGGAAAAAGCCACUGGGUGUUUGAAGCAAAAAGGGUGCCUACAACAGCUGCCUCAACUGAAGCUGAAGCUCGAAUCUUUUGGCUUGGUCUCAUUAUCUGUCCAGUUAUUUGGACAGUGUUUUUCUUUAGCACCUUGUUCUCCCUGAAGCUGAAAUGGCUGGCUCUUGUGAUAGCUGGGAUCUCCCUUCAGACUGCUAAUUUAUAUGGCUACAUCCACUGCAAGUUAGGGGGACAAAAAAGCAUCAGCAGAGUAACUUCAAGGUUUUUUGUCACAGCAGAUGCUCCCAAGAGUAAGUACUGA